AUGCCAAACUCCACGGAGGAAGGGGGAGGGAGCUCUGGGGGUAAUCACUCUGGGUCGGGGUCUAGGAAGGAGAAGAAGAAGCAGGCCAAGGAAGAGAGGGACCGACUCAAACAGGCCGAGAAGAAGAAGCGCAGGCUUGAGAAGGCGCUAGCAACUGCGGCGGCAAUUCGAUCCGAGCUCGAGAAGAAGAAGCAGCGGAGAAAAGAGGAGGAGCAGCGGCUGGACGAGGAAGGUGCUGCUCUCGCCGAGGCUGUGGCUCUGCAAGUUUUGGUCGAGGAGGACUUUGAAGGUGGCGGCAAAGUAGAACAGGAGGAGGUUUGUAGCUUGGAAAGUGAUGAGAGCGUUGUUGGUGAGACGAGGAGGCAGUCGGGGGGUGUUUUCAGUGGGCAGCGAGUGUCGGGAAGCUCGACUUCUACUACGGAGAAUGUGAGGAAGGGGACGAACACGAACGAGAAGGGGUCAUGGGUUUGUGAGUGGGACUCGCCGGUGGGAGGGGGGCAGAAUGACGAUGAGUUCCUUAGCAAGAAGGGACUUAUCACCACGGCCGAGGAGAAGGCGAGAGUUAGCACCGAGAGAGCUAAAGCAGCGGAGAUGGCCGCUGGACUUGCUGCUGCGCAGGCUGUGGCUGCUCUCAGGAUCGCCGAAGAGGCUCGAGCUGAGGCUGAGGCUGCCAAGAAAGCCGCAGAAGCGGCCAUGAUCGAAGCACUUGAUCAGCGUGAUCCUCAGCACAAGAGAGACCAAGAGAUGAGUGUGGUGCGUGAACCCGAGGAAGACAAGGCGGAGUUGAAGGCGAGGCUUAUCGAGACGGAGAAGAAGUUACUGGAGAAAACCAGACGGGUUUCAGAGCUGGAGCAGAACCUUGAUGAGGUUACUCAAUACUUACUGGAGUUCAAAGCCAAGUUUGAGAGCGAUAAGAACGCUACGAUUCUCAGCUGCACAGCGGACGGAGUUACAUCACAGGUGGGACAGUAGGCCAUUUUGCGAGUAAGUCCAUACGGAGGUGACGCAGCCAACGCUGCUGAUCCUGUGGAUCGCCUGGCAUGGGGGCUCGUACGUAGUAUCUAUCAGUCAGUGGAUCAUCGUCGAGGCAAUUUCUAAGGCAGCACUAUGGUGGACGCUGCUGCACAGAUGAUGGGGUACUAUGGCUUUCAGAGCUAUGGAAUUCCUGGUUUCGGCUGGCAAUACGGGGGAUAAGGACAGGGCAGGAUACUGGAGCUCAGUUGCGUGGCCGAGACGAUACGAAAAUGCAGAUAUGUUCAAGCGAGAAGGAAGCGAUGAGCAGAUAAAACGAAGAUAAUUGUCUAUAGACUCGGUCGGGGGCUUCGGACAAAUAACAAGCUUUAUAUCCUUGGUGGA